AUGACGUACCUCGGCUUCUCCCAUUAUUUGAUUCUCGGCAUCCCGACCAACGCCCAGUGUGAGUCCAGCCUAUCUGCUAUGUCUACGCGCCGCUAUCGAUCGGCUGCGGCCUGUCAGAAUUGCAGGCAGCGCAAAGUCCGGUGCAGCGUGACGGUGACAGGUAUCCCGUGCAUAGGAUGUACACAAGAUGGCAGAGAUUGUCAUCUUCCGCCAGGCAAAGUCCAAACCAUCCGCGAGAGACAUGCUCGUCGAGCUAUAUCAGCAGCCACAAGCCCGGCCAAUACACAACUUGCUGGGAUGACCGCUCAGUCGCCAGGCCCGGAAGAUGCAUUUCCAGGCAUAAAUCCGGCGCACCAAAACAAUCAGCCUGGCAUGAAUGGUGCUAGUAUUCCUGGUACCAGAAGUGUGUCUCACCCUCCGGAGUAUCCUCAAAGCCGGGCCGAAGAGCGGACGGGUGUUGAGAUUGCUACCAAAGUUCUGGGAAGAAGCAACAAACCUGGCCAAGCGCCGUUCUACACCGGCGAUUCACCCGGAUUCGGUAGUGUUUUUGACAUAUGUUCAUCUCCUCGGCAGCCCAUCCAAAGGCAUAUCUUACUAACAUCCAAGACUGCAACCAUUCUAUCUCCCGAAGACAAAGAAUAUCUGCAAUACAAGGGAGUCUUUACCCUGCCACAAAACUCUACGUGCAAUGAGCUCUUGCGGGCAUAUUUUCACCAUGUGCAUCCUCUGACACCAGUGGUGGACGCUACCACACUACCGCAUCUCUAUCCAACUGGAGGCAAUCAACAGCAUAAUCUGCUGCUGAUAUGGAGCAUAUUCUUUGUUGCGGCAAAUUAUGUCUCGGCUGAAACAUGGAAAUUGGAAGGGUUUUCAUCUAGAAAAGAUAUGAAAGACUCCAUGUACUCUCGCGCAAAGUGUUUGCACUCUAUCGGGGGUGAAACAAAUCACACGGUGCUGCUGCAAUCAGCACUCCUGCUGGGAUUCUAUCAUUCCGAAGCUGAUACCCACACACAACCAUGGUACUGGCUUGGAGUGGCAAUAAGCCUAUGUCAAUCUAUAGGUCUGCAUAGAUGCUCCAGUGCAGUUUGUGCCACCUCGCCCAUUCCUCAACAACAGCAGCGUCUUUGGCGCCGUCUUUGGUGGACCUGUGUCUUCAGAGAUCGGUGGCUAAGUCUUACGAUGGGGCGACCACUGAGAAUCAAUAUGAAUGAUUGCAACACUAUGAUGCCAUCUGCAGAUGAUAUGUUGAGCGACUUUGCCGAGCUCCCCGAAUCGAUGUCAGAUGCAUAUAUCCCAAGAGACCUACCACAGCUGGCGCAGUAUUGGGUCACAAUGAUACAACUAACCCAACUCUUGGGGAAAACGCUGACUUUGUGUUAUCAACCCUUUGGACCUAAACCAUCCUUUCAGCAGGUUGAAAGGCUCGAGAGAGAGAUCUCGAUGUUUCAUCUCCCAGAGAACAAAGACACGGUCUCAAGUCCUGUGGUAACAUUCUACUUAUACCACCUUCAGCUUCAUUAUCAAGCGUUCCUCGUCACCUUUUACCGACCAUUUAUCACCAAAACUCCUGAGGGCCUACCUAUAUCUCAACAGAGCUCAUGGCAAACUCACAUUAGAAACUCCAUUGACACAGCUGCCUUGCAGACAAACGCUGUAUUGGACAGUCUAGUUCGCGAGAAGCUGCUUGACUUUUCUGGUCCUAUGACACCGCCAUUAUUAGUACCAGCAAUGCAUGUCCACCUUUUGAAUUGCAAAUCACCAGAUCCACUUUCUCGACGUCUAGGUCUAAACAAGCUGGAAUUAUGUAUGAUGGUUCUGGAGCAGAUGCAACACACCCACCCAUCAUCAUCACUCUUCCGCGGCAUCUUUCUCGAAGCAAUUCAUCAUAUAUUCCCAACCUAUGUGGCCCAGUCUACCAUGCCGGAGCUGGCUUCGUCGGAAGAUUCAUUGCAGGAAAAUGUCAUGACCGAUGGCAUGAUCGCCGGGUUUAAUAUCGGCGAAGAUGCCAUUGAUGCACUGAUGGACGAAGUGUCCAUAUUCAAUUUUUGGGAGUCGCUUAACAAUAUGCAGUCAUAG